AGAACCUACCAAGACCAGUCAAAGCCAGCCACAGCCUGCCAAUUCCUGCAACAGCACUUCCACGACCACCAUUACUAACAGCAGUGGAAGCAAUGGCAAGCGAGCUUCUAUCAAUUGUCAGCAACAGGCCUUGUCCCGCUACCCACCUCGCGAAGUGCCGCCACGCUUCCGGCAUCAAGAACAGAAACAGCUAUUGAAAAGGGGUCAGCCACUGCCACCUGGGACUGUCAUCAGCAAUAGUUUAGCACAAGGUACAGGGCAAGUGGCAGCAAAUUCUUCUCAGCACAGUGUUCAACAGGCAUCAGGUGGACAACAGCAACUCCAGCAUCCCGGCAAAGGACAGACAGAUCUUAGCCACAGUGGUCUGGGAACGCAAUAUGAAAAUUCCCACUGGGGACAGCCCCCCUUUAGGAGUGAACCAAACAGCAUCUGGGAUAAAGUGAUAAUAGACGGAAGUGACAAAGAGGCUUGGCCUUCCAUUUCUGGAAACGAGACUGAAACUGCCUCAGAAUGCACAGACACUGACUCUGCCUCAAACUGUGGCUCAGAUAGUAGUAGCAUGGCUACAGGGAGUGCACCAGGCAAUUUCAAUGGACAAAACAAAAAUUGCAAUAAUGGUGGCAACGGAGUGCUUGUCCAAAGCAGUUCAAACCAGAGUGCCAUUGGAGGUGGAGCAAAUGGUGGAAAUGGAAAUUCAUCCAGGGUGUGGGCUGUUGCCCCAGCAUCUGCCCCUGGUGUAGGGCACUGCUCUGCUCCCAGUGGAAGUGGAAAGAUGGAUAGUAUCGUAAGUGUAAAUCCAAAUUGUUGGAGCACUUCUACGUCUACUGCUGGUAUUAACCUGAAUCUUAAUCCCAACGCCAAUCCAGCUGCUUGGCCUGUAGUUGGUCAGGAAAUUCAAGGAACUGUUGGAGGAGGAAGCACUUCAAAUAUUUGUAAUCCAAGUAAUCCCAUUGAUCAGAAUUAUGGUAACCCUAAUAAUGGUUCAGCAGGUACUUUGAAUACCUGGGGAAAUUUGCUGCAGCAAGAGAGCACAGAUACACAAACGUCCACUUCACAGAAUGUGUCUUUCAGCAUACAACCUCAGAACCUUAACACUGAUGGACCAAAUAACACUAACCCCAUAAACUCUUCACCAAAUCCUAUCAAUGCAAUGCAAGCAAAUGGACUGCCUAACGUUUCUGUACCAGGAGGCUGGGCAAUGACAGUAGGCAUGGGUAAAAUAAACCCACCUCAUCUUCAAAACCUUUCUGGUGGUAGUGGGUCAUCUGCAGUUUCUCAACUCAGUGGGCGCAAUGGCGAAGGAAUGAACAAUCCUUCAUGCAACUCAGUGUGGGGAGUGCCACAUACUAAUCCUACAACCACCAACAGUAACUCUGCAUUUAGUCAGGGGAAUGGAGACACUGUGAAUUCUGCAUUAAGUUUAAGUGCUAAACAAACAUUAGCAAACAAUUCCAAUAAUGCUGUUCAAAAGGAUAUUGGAAACAAUGCUUGGGACUCUGGUCCCCCUACCAGUCCUAGGGUACUGCCAUGGACAAGGGCUGGUACCACUGGGGGCUUGCACUCUGGUCCCAGUAGCAUUGCAGCUUGGGGUAACACACCAUCUAACAGGAACACUAGCAAUGGUGUAAAUGGAGAAUGGGGCAAACUCUCAAACCAGCAUUCCAGUAAUGAAACAAAUGGAAAUGGGAAAGGGUGGGAAGGUCUUUGUGUUAACAACCAAGCACCUGCUUUGCAACAAGGUAAUGAACAAAUUAACUCUUUGGCCAAAUCUUCUGAUUUAGGUGCCACCGGUAGUGAGGGAAGUAAUGAGAGUGCUGGUAGCCAUCAUGAAGGAAGCACCAGCAGAAGUGGAGGAAGACAUAGUAGUAGCCGACGAAAGCCCGAUAAAGGGAUGAAUGAACAGCAAGGGCUGGUCCAGAGUGUUAUGUCAAAGCCAGAUCAUGACCCUAGAGUCUUGUGUAAUUCUGGAUGGGGACAGACACCAGUAAAGCAAAAUAUUUCCUGGGAAAUUCAAGAAUCCCCUAGGUCUGAGCGAAAAAAUGACAAUGGAACUGAGGCCUGGGGUUCUGCUGCUGCCCAGUCUUCAAACUCAGGGGCAAGAAGUGAUGGGUCCAGCAUGAGCAGUACGAAUACCUCUUUAGUAUCUGGUUGGGGAAAUCUUCCACCAACUGUUAUGUCUGAUAACACAGGUUGGGGAGACAAAGUGUCUAAUAGCCAGGGGGGAUGGGGAGAUUCUGCUAAUUCUACUUCUGCUGCUGCCAAAAGUGGCCAUGCCUGGGGUGGGGUUUCUAAUCAGGAGGAGAAACCACCAACCUGGGCAGACUCUCCAAAGCCCAAGUCUCAAAAUUGGGGUGAAGGACAGAAAACUAAUCAAGGUUGGACAUCAGGAGGAGUGGGAGUAGCAGGGAGUGGAGGAGGAGGAGGAGGAGAUUGGACUGAUACUGCUGCAGGACCUUUAAGUGAGGCAAAAAAAAAUGGAUCUAGUUGGGAGAAUGAAAACAACCAUACUGGACCCAGUUGGAAUGAGACAACCAGAUCACAGCCUAGUGGAUGGAGUAACGGUACCAACAGCAAACCAAGUUCAAAUACAGGCUGGGGAGAGCCUUCAAAAUCGAGUGCACCACAGAACUGGGGAAAUAAACUUCAGGAUAAUAAUCUUAGCAACUGGGGAGGAGCUGCUUCUGUUAAACAGUCUAAUUCGGGUUGGGUUGGUGGACCUUUACCUACAAAACAGAAGGACAGCGAACCCACUGGCUGGGAAGAGCCUUCCCCACCAUCCAUUCGCCGCAAAAUAGAGAUCGAUGAUGGUACCUCUGCUUGGGGAGACCCAACCAACUAUAAGAAGACUGUAAACAUGUGGGAUAGAAACAAUCCUGUGAAUCAAAGUAGUAGCAACACUGUGGCUGAACAACCACCUCAGCCCCAUCAGUCAAGUGCCACACAAAACCGAUCCCCACUACUUGGUCCAGGCUGGGGAGAAGCACUCAGUGUUCCUACGAAGACUGACAACUCUUGGGGUGAGCCGCCACUUCCGUCUACCACGGUCGAUAAUGGAACUUCAGCAUGGGGCAAACCUCCCAACGGCAGCUCAAGUUGGGCAGAUAAUACUGCAGAGUCAACGGGGAAUUUUAGUAGAGGGAAUGCUUCAGCUGCUGUCCCGACAAUGUGCAAACCAGCCUCCAAAUCUAUGCAAGAAGGUUGGGUCAGCAGUGGAGAUGAAAUCGGCCUGACUAGUAGCCAUCAUUCUAACUGGGAAGAGGAUGAUGGGGAGAUGGGAAUGUGGAAUAACGCGGCUUCUCAGGAGAGCAACUCUUCCUGCAAUUCCUCAGGCUGGGGCAAUGCCAACAAGAAAGUGCAUCAAAAGGGCAUGAAAGCAUCAAAUAAGCAAGAGGAGACUUGGCUUAUGAACCGCCUGAUAAAACAGUUGACUGAUAUGGGCUUCCCUCAUGAAGUUUGUCAUCAACCUUCACCUGCUCCAUUUUGACGUGGAAGUAAUGGUAAUGACAAAUGGCUC